AUGUCAGCUAAGACUCUUGUGUACGGCGCUAGCUUCUUGAGCGGUCUCGCUAUCCUCGGAUACGUUUUCACCGUUGGAUACAUCUUCAACGACAUCAAUGAGUUCUACGAUCAGACCAUGGAAACUAUGGAUGAGUUCAAGCUGAACGAACGUGGAGCCUGGCAUGGAAUGGUUGAGCGCACUCGUGCUCCAUCUGAGAUUCUCUUCGGACGUGCUAAGAGACAAGCCGGACAAUGCAACUGCGGAGCUCAAUCUUCCGGAUGCCCAGCUGGACCACCAGGACCACCAGGAGCUCCAGGAGCUCCAGGAGAUGAUGGACAUCCAGGAGAUGCUGGAAAGCCAGGAGCUAGCGGUGUCUCUGUUGGAGUCUCGUCUGAAGCUGGAGGUUGCAUCAAGUGUCCAGCCGGAGAACCAGGACCAGCCGGAGCUCCAGGACCAGACGGACCAGCUGGACCGGAUGGACAACCAGGGCAAGACGGACCAGCCGGACAACCAGGACCAGCAGGAACAGCCGGACCAGUCGGAGAUGCUGGAGCUCCAGGAGCCCCAGGACAAGAUGGACAACCAGGAGCACCAGGAAAGGACGGACAAAGAUCUACUGGAACCCCAGGAGCCGCCGGAGCACCAGGACCAGCCGGACCAGCCGGACAAGAUGGACAACCAGGUGCCGCUGGAGGUCCAGGAGAGGCUGGAGCUCCAGGAGCACCAGGACCAGACGGACAACCAGGACAGCCAGGACAAGAUGGAGAGGCUGGAGCUCCAGGACAAGAUGGACAACCAGGAGCCGAUGCUGCUUACUGCCCAUGCCCAGCCAGAUCUGUGGCUGUUCAACGCAGUGCUUCUCGCAGAAGAGCAUCCAAGGUCGUUGUUGCUUAA